CUCACAGAAUUCUUUGCGAAGGAUUGAUUGUCGACUUCCUUUCUUGCGCAGUGCAGUUGGCUACGUUCGUUGAUGUCAGUGCUAUGACAACAGCAAGAUGAUAUGAGGUUGGCGAGACAUCAUUGGAGCGAAAUGUGAUUUUUCCUGUUACCAACUGGAAUGUACAUAUACAGAUAGGCCUGUUUUGAAGAAGAAGGAGAAUAGACUGAGUAUAGUUUAUUUCUUUUUAGUAAAAGUGAAGAAAACCAGGGUAAAAAUCGUAUAAAGGCCAGCGGCUCAUCCCCCGAGUUCAUUCAUUCUUUGGCCUUUUGCUUGUUAAUAACAAGUGGCUUAGCCUACUUACCUGUUUACUGUUAUUUUCAACGCAUGUCGAUUCUCAUUUUCAUCUUUCUGCGUGUCAUUAUAAUUUAAGAUUUUGUGACUUGUGGAUGCAACGUAGAACCAGAGGAAAAGUUUAAAGUUCAAAAGACGAUAGCAAAACGACUUUUAAAAACUACAUUUCUACUGCAUUAACAACACAGAGUGCUCUCUUAUGUGGAAGACUUUUUCUUUUAUUUGCAGCAUACCUUGAUUAACUUCAGCAAAAGCUUGGAAUCUGUUCACCUACUGCUAUUUGUUGGCGGCGUUAUCUGGAGAAUUGAUUUUUUUGUUUAUUUGUUUUUGUUUUUAAUUUGGUCAAUAUUUAUUUUGGAGCUAAGCAAAAAUCAAAAGAAUACGAGAAAGGACUUCAUUGGAAAUUUGGCCAGUAGGGAAGAAUGUCUCUGUUUAAAGCCCGGGACUGGUGGUCCUCGUCAGUGGGGCAAGACGAAGAAUUUGACCAAGGAUGCUUAUGUGUGGCUAAUAUUGACAACAGUGCCACUGGACAUGAUAAGAUCAUUUUGGGAAGCUACAUGGGGUUCCUACGAGUUUAUGCGCCAAAUCCGUCCAACCCAGGAGAGGCAAUGAACCCAGAAGAGCAGCUGGUGGAGGUGCAUCUCAAGGAUCCCAUCAUACAAGUGGAGGCCGGAAAGUUUGUCUCUGGUACAGAAAAUCUUCACUUGGCCGUUUUGCAGCCCAGAAAGCUGUCUGUGUAUACAGUCUCUGGGACCACUGGCACUGUAGAUCAUGGAAAUCAAUACCAGCUAAGACUAAUAUAUGAGCACAAUCUUCAGAGAACAGCAUGCAACAUGGCCUAUGGCCCUUUUGGCGGAGUCAAAGGUCGUGACUUUAUUUGCAUUCAGUCCAUGGAUGGUAUGCUGGUGUUCUUUGAACAGGAGAGCUAUGCAUUCGGCAGGUUUCUACCAGGUUUCCUUCUGCCUGGUCCACUGUGUUACAUCGCCCGCACAGACACUUUCAUCACUGUUUCUUCCAGUCGAUACGUUGAGAGCUACAAGUACCAAACUCUCGCUGUUGCCACAGAUGCUGAUACGAGACAGGAAUCAGAACACCAAAAGCUUGUCUCUGGAAAAAAACUGGCAGCAGACUGGAUGCUGUCCAUUGGAGAGAUAGCUCUGGAUUUAAACGUUUUGUCUAAUCCGGUGGCAGCCUCUGUGUUUGUGCUGGGAGAGAGAAACUUUUUCUGCAUAAAAGAGAACGGGCAGAUGUGUUUCAUGAAGAAACUGGAACACAAUCCAAGUUGCUUCUUACCGUAUGCAUCAGUAUGUGAAGGAACGUCAAACAGUCUCAUUGGGAACCAUAAUAACAUGCUGCUGGUUUACCAGGAUGUGACACUACAGUGGGCUGCUCAGCUUCCACAUGUUCCUGUUGCCAUCAGAGUGGCCAACUUCCAGGAUCUGAAGGGCGUGGUUGUGACUCUGAGUAGCGAUGGUCAUCUGCAGUGCUCCUAUCUGGGGACAGAUCCUUCCUUUUUCCAGGCUCCCAAAGUGGAAUCCAGGGAGAUCAAUUACGAUGAAUUGGACGCAGAAAUGAAAUCACUACAUAAGAUAAUCAAGGAGGCCUCAAAGACACAAGAUAUCUUGCCUUUGGCAGAGAAAGAAGAUGAUUUGACAGUAGCUAUUCACAUUGCCCCGAACAUGGAUGCGAUAUCUCAAGCUGUCAGCACUGAAGUAGAGGGUGAGGAAGUCCCGUCUAUCACAGUAAAGGUGAAAAUAAAAACCAGGCUUGUGGUGCAGAAUCCUAAGGUGGCAGUGAGUGUGCAGCCUCCUCUUACCGUAACUCAGGACCUGUUUAUUAUAGAUUCAAUGGGCCCAGGAUCUGUUAGCACUGUGACCUUUGGGGUGUUCUUAAAAAAUUCCUACCCACCAGCUGAGCUUGGAGGAGCUGUGGCAGUCUCCUACAGCACACCAACAGAUCUAAACCCAGCAGGUAUACCACGGGUUUCACAGUGUAACUUCAGUUUACCACUAAGAUUGGUUUGCAUUCCAGCAUCGCCUUUGAAGAACGCUAAUUACAAAGUGACCAUCGACACCAAUAAACUUCCAGUCAAUCUUCUAGAAAUCUUCCCAGACUUUGUAGAGGCAUUUGAAGAAGAGCAGGUGAAUGCUCUUGGCCUCCAGCUAAUUGCAGGUUCCAGGAUCACGCUGCUGGCAUCAAAAACAUCCCAGCGAUACAGAAUUCAGAGUGAAGCAUUUGAAGAUCUUUGGCUGAUAAUCCAAGAGUUGAAUACACGCUUUGAAAAGCAUUUUGCCAAACAAGGAGCCAAAGACUUCAGGUGCAGCUUUGCUGGGCCUAUUCCUCUACAGGAGUACUUUGAAAAAAUUGAUCGCCAUUUUGAGUUGCGUCUGAACUCUAAGAAAUACCAGGACCUUCUGUCGGAGAGGGCUGUGCAGUUCAGAGCCAUCCAGCGCAGACUGUUGACACGUUUUAAAGACAAAACUCCUGCUCCUCUCCAAAAUCUGGACACCUUGAUGGAUGGAACCUACAGACAGGUCAUUGCCCUGGCAGAUGCUGCAGAGGAGAACCGGUCUGCCCUGUGCCAGGAGUUCACACGGCUCAGGAGUGCCACCCAUCUCAUCAUCCUGCUGAUCGAGCUCUGGCAGAAUCUCAACCGGGACCAGACUGUCAUCCUGGAGGCAACCCUUCUACCUCUCCUGCAGGACACUCCUCAACUGGGCUGGGAAGAGAGUGUGGAUGCAGCUGUCACUCACCUCCUGAGGACUUGCUUGUCCAAGAGUCCAAAGGAUCAGGCCCUGAACUUAACCAGCCAUCUGACCAUGCCCAAAGACACCAGCAAGCUGAAGAAACACAUCACAUUGCUCUGCGACAGGAUCGGCAAAGGAGGACGGCUAACACUUUCCGCUGAAGGGAGCGCACAGACACCUAUUGUAAUGCCAGGGGGCUGUGCACCUAUUAUGGAGGAAGAGAUAACAGAGCUGGAGUUGAGAGGAGUGUUCGCUAACAAAAGGCAACACUCCAAACAGGAUCUGACAGAAUAGGCUGCAGAAGAGAAGCUGAUCAGAUUCAGUUUGAAUAAGGACUGGCUUCCAGGAUCACGUCCUACAAUGUCAACUGCAUUUGAUUCUUCAGUACACACCUGUCUAAGACCCAGAGAAUCUGAAUUACACACAGAAUACAGCCAUGACAAAAGUCCCUGAAAUUUGAUAACAGACUAUCUACAAUGACAGUUUGAAAGGUUUUCCCCCAGGAUGAUAAACCAGGAAUGUAUUUGAGACCUGAUUCAUCUAAACACAAGUGAAAAAAUAAUUCUGAAAUUAUCGUUGAUUAUAAAAGAAAAGGGUGAAAGUGUGAUACACUCUUGCUCUCCAGAUGUAAUAUGAUGCAGCAAGUUUUUCAAGAAAGAAAAUAGUUCGCUAAUGAAAGCUAAAAUACUUAAUAGUGACCUAGGAUGAAAUGGUCUUAAUGUUAAAACACAUUAGAGACAUUUACAGCUGUUGAGGCAAAUGCAUUUGAAAUAUGUGGCUUGGCAAGGUUUAAAACCAACACAGCCAUUCAUGCCUUUUACCAUUCCCCCAAUCAUUUAUUUGAAUCUUGUUUUUAAUAAUAACUUCAUAUUAAUCAGGCCAGUGUUUUUCCCCAGGAAAGAUUAUUUCACCCCUGUAUCAACAUUGCUAAAUAUAUUAACAAUGCAGGAGAAAGAGAUCUGCUAAAGAGAAUAUUAACAGCUUUUAAGGCAGUGGUAUUGAGAUCAGCCACUGUUCAGAAAAUUGAAACAAACGCCUACUUCUUGUACUGUUCUCUCAUUUCCUUUAAUAUGUAUUCUU